AUGGAAAAUCUAGAGCACAGAAAUAUCCAUGCCAUCAACUUAUUUUUAUCAUCCUGGAUCCUAAUCACUGUGACAAUAGGAAUGGUGGUGGAAGAUUGGAUUUACCUGAAGACGGAAAAUGAGGUCGUCAGCCACAGUCCUUGGAAGAGAUGCCUGGACCUGUUUCAAGAAGAUGACACAGAACAUGUCAGGAUCAUGAUGGUCACCAUUCUCAUCCUCAGCUUCUUCCAGAACUUUUUCCUGGGCUUGAAGUUCACUUAUAUGAUUUCUCAGAAAGAACAUUCCUGCUUCAUCUCGAUUGCCCUCAGUUUCUUCACAGGUGUGUUUUUGCUCAUCACAUUUCUGGUGUACCACUACAACAUCAAGCAAGGCUGUAAAAGGUUCUAUAUUAAUUACAAGAUCACUUGGAUCACUUUCAUGAACUACCUGAACGUGCCUUUUCUCCUGCUCUCAGGAAUCCUCUCUCUUCUGCUGUAUUCCAGUAAUUCUCCUUUCCAAAACAUCAUUCAUCUGCCUUCCAGACGUAAAGUGAGUGAGACACAAUCCAGGGAUUCUGGCAACGUUACGUCACCAGCAACCCAAACAAUGCCUCGAAGUAUUGUCCACAGGCACUCAGAGGACCAGGACAGGCCUCCCGAGCACAAGCACCGUGUAACCUGGGCUCUUGACUGA